AUGAAGUUAAUAGCAUCCGUGCCUAGUGUCAUACAGCGACUCAACCAUUUUAGUCUUGAUAAGUGUAAUUCGGAUUGUGCCUUAGCUGGACCAGUUGUUGAUCCACAUGUGACAGCAGUUUGGGGGAAGAAGGUUGCACUGAAAUGCAUAAUUGAUGUAAACGAAACAAUAACACAAGUUUCUUGGGAGAAGAUAUAUGGUAAAAGUUCACAGACUAUUGCUGUUCAUCACCCUGAAUAUGGAAUAUCUGUUCAAGGAGAGUACCAAGGAAGAGUGGCAUUUAAAAACUACUCACUUACUGAUGCAACAAUCAUCUUAAAAAAUGUAAGCUUUUCUGAUGCAGGAGAAUAUGUUUGCAAGGCAGUUACAUUCCCGCUUGGAAAUACACAGUCAUCAACAACUGUAACAGUAUUAGUUGAACCUGUUGUGAGCUUAAAGAAAGGACCAAACCCUCUAAUAGAUGGUGCAAAUAGGACAGUAGCAGCCACUUGUACAGCAGCCACUGGAAAACCUGCUGCGCAGAUUGACUGGGAAGGAGGCCUUGGUGAAAUGGAAUCCACCUCUACUUUGUUUCCAAAUGAAACAGUGACAGUUGUAAGCCACUAUGUGAUUGUCCCUACACGAUUUGCAAGAGGAAGACACAUAACUUGUGUAGUGAGGCACCCCGCCUUUGAAAAGGAGAUGCGAUACCCUUACAUGUUGGAUAUACAGUAUACCCCAGAAGUUUCAGUUACUGGCUAUGAUGGGAACUGGUUCAUUGGAAGAGGAAAUGUUCAGCUCAAAUGUAAUGCUGAUGCAAAUCCAUUACCUAUGGAAUUUAUGUGGACCAGGUUGGAUGGACAGUGGCCUGAAGGAUUGUUGGCUGUUAACAAUACUCUGCAAUUCAGCAGCCCUUUGACUUAUAACUACACUGGGACUUACAUCUGUAAGGUGACUAAUGCUCUUGGUCAGAAAAGUGAUCAGAAGACUAUCUACAUAUUAGAUGUGCCCUUUAAGCAGACAUCUUCUGUUGCUGUAGCAGGGGCUGUGAUUGGAGCAGUCCUUGCUCUUUUUAUCAUUACCAUCUUUGUGACAGUGCUGCUGACCCCAAGGAAGAAAAGGCCAGCCUAUCUUGACAAAGUGAUUGAUCUUCCGCCCACUCAUAAACCAGCCUCAUUUGAGGAGAGAACGUUGUCAGUGCCACAGAAAGAAGCUAUGCUUCAGAAAGAACAUUUUACUUUGCAGAGCCAGUACAGAGAGAGAGAUGCUGGAAACUUGCAGCACAUGAAAGCUGUGAAUGGAAGGCAACUUACUUGUGGGGCUGAAGAGCUACAGGAGCAAGAGGGUCUUCAGCCUAUGUAUCCUGUGUAUCAGCAAACUCACUACAAAAAUUGGAGCAACAGAUACCCACAAAGCUCAGGACCUGGAAGAGCCUACAUCAAUACAAGGGAACAUUAUGUAUGAUUCUGUACCUAGAUGUCUUUAACAAGGGGUUUAUUACCUGUUGGCUCUAUGACCCUCAUGUCUUUUUGGCUUUCAUCUCUAAAAUAAUUGGGGGUUUUUUAGUGUGUGAAAAAAAUGGAUGGAGAAUUUUAUACAGGUAAACCAUAUGGAAUUUAAAACUUGCCUCUAGUACCUGGUAUGUCUAUGUUUUUGUAGUAAUAUCGAUCUGGCAAAUGAGGAGAGCCACUUAGCUUUUUUAACCUUCACAGUCAUAAUCUGUAUAACCUGUAUUAAUUGGUUGGCACAUGCCAAAAUGUAGUUAAGCUUUUUUUGCUGGCUAU